GCUGGACAGUCAGCCAGUGGGAGCUAAAUUUGGGAGAGAGGUGAUCAGGUUCCCUCACUGUGCACAUGAUCCUGUCCUAGUUACUUGAGCGAUGUCCCUUCUCACACCGUCACACUCUCUCAACGAGUCCAGACACACUCGGCGUUCCUCUUCUUCAGCAGUCAGAGCUGCACUUAGUAAAGGACGUUUUUACAACAGGCUGCUCUGGUUGGACUUUAGUGACUCUUGACUGGACUGAAUAUUUGGGCCCUGGUGCUGUGGAGCUCCAGUCCUCGUCUAUUGCUUCUCCUCUGUCUCUCAACACCCCUGCUAGCAGCACUUGGCGGGAGGAGAAGAGAGACUGCUGACCCGCCAUGUUUCUCGCACUAGUUGUGACGCCAGAGCUCAGGGAGUUCCUGGCCAGGGCAAGAGGUGGAGCAGUGCGCCUCCUCAAGGUCUGCAUCCUAGAUGAGCAGCUGGUGCUGGGGGCCUACAGAGAGCCGGAAAAGAGCUGGGACCAGGAUUAUGAUCACUUCCUGCUUCCUCUCCUGGACGACCAGGACCCCUGCUACGUCCUCUACCGCCUCGACUCCCAGAAUGCACAGGGCUACGAGUGGAUCUUCAUAUCAUGGUCUCCUGACCAGUCUCCAGUGAAACAAAAGAUGUUGUAUGCUGCCACCCGUGCCACAGUGAAGAAAGAGUUUGGUGGUGGCCACGUGAAGUAUGAGAUGUUUGGCACAGCUGAGGAGGACAUCUGUUUGCUGGGCUACCAGCGUCAUGUGUCAUCCUGCUCAGGUCCUGCCCCGCUGACAUUAGCUGAGCAGGAGCUCCAGAGGAUCAAAAUUACUGAGGGCCGGGUUAAACAGGUGAAGACAGAGAUCAGCGUGGAGAGCAAGCACCAGACGCUUCAGGGCCUCACCUUCCCACUGCAGGAGACAGCCAAAAGAGCCUUGCAGCAACUUGCCCAGAAACGCAUCAACUACAUACAACUGCGAUUGGAUGUAGAGAAGGAGACAAUCGAGCUGGUCCACUCUAACCCGACAGAAACUCGAGAUUUGCCCCGCAGAGUUCCCAAAGACACUCCCAGAUAUCACUUCUUCCUUUACAAACACUCCCAUGAAGGAGACUAUCUUGAAUCUGUCGUGUUCAUAUACUCCAUGCCAGGAUACAGCUGCAGCAUUAAGGAGCGGAUGUUGUAUUCCAGCUGCAAGAGUCGACUACUGGAGGGUGUCGAGAAAGAUUACCAUUUGGAAAUUGCUAAAAAGUUGGAGAUUGAUGACGGAGAUGAACUGACAGAGCAGUUUCUGUAUGACGAGGUCCAUCCCAAGCAGCAUGCCCACAAACAGGCCUUCGCCAAGCCCCGCGGCCCGGCAGGAAAAAGGGGACACAAGCGCAUCAUUAAGGGGCCAGGAGGGACCAUACAGGACAGCUAGAGGUGGACACAUUUCUCCUAUAUAUAUAUAUGUAGUCCAGUCUGCACUAUAGACCCACAAACACCUCGUCAGGCCCAGAGGGACCUGCACAUUGAUGGAUUUCCUCUGCUGUUUGUGUACUGAAACACUUGUGCUAUAUAACAAAUAUGUUGAUAAAUUGUCUUUAAUCUGUUUUUCCCACAAAAAAAUCAAUCUCACAGUAUAUAUGUAAAGUAUAUAUGUAUAUAUUGUGGCAUAUAAGAAAAAAAUGUAUAACAAAAAUAAAAAGUGUUUAUUGAUGACUUCCUCCAUUUACAAAAGAGUCAGACAGAUUAGCUUCACAAUAACAAGACCAUCUGUCUGGUUCUUCCAUAUUUAUAAGAACACAUCUGCAGUUAACAAUAUAAUAGACUUUAGAGUCAGAUGUUUCAGUCCUCACACGUAGCCUCCAACACAGGUUUUGUAUCAACAAUGUUUAUAUUAAAUAAACAAUAUGAAAGUUCUAAAUAAAAACUUGUUUAUACUGUGAUAUUA